AUGGAUAAACCGACGGCACAGAAUCCGGUGGCCGAUGAACUCCCUUCCUCAGCUUCUGCGUAUCUCGAUCCUCAAUACUGGGACGACAGGUUUAAACGAGAAGAGCAUUAUGAGUGGUUCAAGGAUUUCUCCCAUUUCCGUCACCUCAUUCUUGACCACAUCAAUCCAAGUUAUUCUGUACUGGAGCUGGGUUGUGGGAACUCUCAAUUAUGUGAGGAAUUGUACAGUGAGGGUAUCACUGACAUCACCUGCAUUGAUUUAUCACCAGUGGCAGUGGAAAAGAUGAGCCAAAGGUUAUUAUCCAAAGGCUAUAAAGAGAUUAAGGUAUUGGAAGCUGACAUGCUAGACCUUCCUUUUGGCGAUGAAUGUUUUGAUGUUGUUAUAGAGAAAGGAACCAUGGAUGUAUUGUUCGUGGAUAGUGGUGACCCAUGGAAUCCACGGUCCGAAACAGUUAACAAUGUUAUGGCAAUGCUUCGGCAAGUUCACCGGGUAUUGAGACCAAAUGGCAUUUUCAUUUCAAUCACAUUUGGUCAGCCACAUUUCCGUCGUCCUUUCUUUAACAAGUCAGAAUUCACUUGGUCUGUUGAGUGGAAAACGUUUGGAGAUGGGUUUCACUAUUUCUUCUAUAUCUUAAAAAAGGGAGAGAGGAGGUUAGAAGAUGAAGAGUGUUCUAAGAAGAUUGAAAUGCCCUCUAUAUCUCUUUACCAUGAAGAACUAGACAAUGAAGACUAUCUAUUUCGUACCAACGUGGAUGAACUGCAAAAUUGA